UCUACAGAGUUCCAACAUGGCUAAAUACGUAGGUUCAUGUUUGUUUUUGGGAUUGGCUGUGAUAUGCACGGUCAUUGCCAUAUCUUCGGCGCGAGAUGUCCGAGAUUUAAAAGAAGAUUUGGAGAUAGCUGGUACUCAUCACCAUGGUGGCCAUCACCAUGGUGGCCAUCAUCAUGGUGGCCAUCACCAUGGUGGCCAUCAUCACGAGCAUGGUGGAGGUCAUGAGCAUCAUUCUCAUCAUCAUGGAGAACACGGUGAAGAGGGUCACAAAGGCCAUAAGGGGCAUCAUCAUCACGAAGAGGGAGAACAUGGCCAUCAUGGUAAGGAACAUCAUGAGGGUCAUCAUGACGAGCAUGGCGGUCAUAAGAAAGGUCAUCACGACGAACACGACGAGCACGGUCAUCAUCACGAGCAUGAACAUGGCCAUAAAGAAUCGAAGUUUGGUCACGGAAAGGGUCAUAAAAAGGGCGAAAAGACUCAUGGCUAUCAUCACAAAUCCCAUAAAGAUGAAUUCCACAAGGAACAUAAAUUCUACGAUGAUUAUCAUAAGGGUGGCCAUCAUGAGAAGCAUGGCGAUCAUCAUGAACAUCACCAUGGCAAGGAAGGUCACCACAAGAAAGGCGGACAUCAUCAUUCUGGUCAUCACGAAGAUCAUCACGGUAAGAAGGGUCACCAUGAUAAAGGGCAUUACGAUGAAGAUCACCAUGGUCAUCAUGGCAAACAUGGUCACGAAGAACACCAUCAUCACCACGAAGAUCACGGAAAGAAGCAUGAACAUCAUGGCGGCAAAAAGCAUGGUUAUUCGAGCGGCCAUGGCGGCCAUGACGGCCAUCACGGCCAUCACGGCCAUCACGGUCAUCACGCCGCCAGUCAUCAUGGUCAUCAUGGCCAUCAUCAUGAACAUGGCGGAGGGGAGGAGCAUCAUUCCGGUCAUCAUCAUGAACAUGGCGAUCAUGGUCACAAGGAUUAUAAGCACCACCAUCAUCACGGAAAAGGUGAGAAAGGACAUCAUGACAAAGAGCACCAUCAUGGGCAUCACGAUGAGCACGGAGGACACAAGAAGCAUCAUCAUCACGACGAUGGUCAUCAUCAUGAGCAUCAUCAUGGUGAAAAGGGGGAGAAAGGUCAUAAGUUUCACGAGAAAGGACACUUUGGCAAAGGCCAUAGCACUCACGGCCAUCACGAGGUAAAGAAGAAGGAUGAGUACAAGAAGGAUAAGGAAUUCUUCGACGAACAUCACGAUCAUGGUCACCAUGACGAACACGGUGGACAUCAUCACGAACAUGGACAUAAGAAGGGUGGUCACUUCAAGAAAGGACAUCACGACCAUCAUCAUCAUGAGGGUCAUCAUGGUAAGAAAGGUCAUCAUGAAAAGGGCCAUCAUCAUCACGAUCAUAAGGGACACAAAGGUCACCACGAUCAUCACGAGCAUCAUCACCAUCAUCAUCAUCAUGGCAAGAAGGGUGGUCACGAAGAUCAUAAAAAAUGGGAAUACAAGAAGGGACAUUAAAACUUGUUACCACUCAAGAGAUACCACCAGCUGCUUUUGAAUUGGAUCCUGUUACUUUUUCUCAUUCCUAUUACCUGUAUUAUCCCUA